CUCUCGUUUUACGUUCACAAGAGAAAAAUAAUCUUAUCGGCCAUGGUGAGAAAAAGGCUUUCUCUUCUCUGCGUCAGCAGACCAAAGAUUUCUUCAACAGUCUUGAAGGGUGAUCGGGGAUCGUCUCCAUCAACCCAGAAGAAUCGCACAAGGUUUCUGAUCUUGGUCCCAUGGCGUUGCCCACAUGCUUCAAGAGCGAGAUUCCCGUGCCUCCUGUCUCAGGGCAUCAUUUCUCACGCAGUCUCGGGAAACAGUCCACUCUGUCCGCUUUGCCGACUAGAUUACAACGCAGUCUCCCAACCGAUGAUGACCGCAAGAGGCUGAAAACUCGAGCCGCUUUUACUUUCCCGCCGGCGUUUCUGACGAAAGGAGGCCGAGAUGCGAAGCUUAAGCAGCUCAAGCAAGACCUUUUCGACGCCAUUGCCCCUCUCAACCGCGGCGCCUCUGCCACGCCCAAUGACCAGCUCCGUGUUGAUCAGAUAGCGCAAAAGCUGGAAGCGGUUAAUCCUACUAAGGCACCUCUGAAAUCUGACUUACUCAAUGGAAAAUGGGAGCUCAUUUAUACGACCUCUGUCUCCAUUCUGCAGUUAAAGAAACCAAGGCUCUUAAGGUCGAUAACAAACUACCAAGCUAUUGAUGCAGAUACGUUAAAGGUGCAAAAUAUGGAGACUUUUCCAUUCUUCAAUUCGGUAAUUGGAAACUUGAAGCCCCUCAAUCCGAGGAAGGUUGCUGUAAAGUUCGAAAGGUUUAGAAUUCUAGGCCUUAUCCCUGUAAAUGCGCCUGAUACAGCUCGUGGUGAACUGGAGAUCACCUACCUGGACGAGGAGCUACGGGUAUCAAGAGGUGACAAGGGCAACUUGUUUAUACUAAAGAUGUUUGAUCGUUCCUAUCGAAUUCCUCCUCCGUGAUUGAUGUCUUUGCCAAGUGUGUAAUGUAAUAGAAAGAAACUUCAGAUUCAAUCUUUGAUCUGUUGGUCAGUGUGUUAUAUGAGGUUAAACGUACAGAAACUCCAGGCCACGCCAAUUGAGAACACGAAUCUUUUGGAAAAAUGUAUAUGAAUUUUAAGGUUUAUUGACACUAAUCA